ACCACUUCAGCUGGAAGGCUAUUCCAUGCAUCCACUACCCUCUCAGUAAAGUAAUACUUCCUGAUAUUAUUUUUAAACCUUUGUCCCUCUAAUUUAAGACUAUGUCCUCUUGUUGUGGUAGAUUUUCUUCUUUUAAAUAUAAUCUCAAGGGACUAACCAGAGUUUCAGAUGGGACGCAGUCUGAGGUUAAAAUGAUCAGAGCCAGCCGUUACCUGCAGAAGAUGACGCCUACAGAUGAUGUGGAAGCAUACCUUCUAGCUUUUGAGAGGACAGCUGAGAGAGAAGAGUGGCCAGUGAGUGAGUGGGCAAGCAUACUGGCACCUUUUCUUAUUGGAGAACCACAGAAGGAUAUCUAUGACCUGGAACCAGCACAGGCAGGGGUCUACUCCAAACUGAAGGCUGAGAUCCUUGCACGACUUGGUGUGACUAUGGCCGUUCGUGCCCAAAGAUUUCAUGCCUGGACUUUCGAUCAAGAGAAACCUAUCCGCUCCCAGAUGUUUGACCUGAUACAUCUUGCUAGAAAGUUGUUACUGUUGCGGAGCUGCAAUUUUAUAAUCCCAGGAUCUCUGCUGGUAGAAUGCAAUAACCAAGUACAAAGCUGGAAGCAGGCAAUAUUCCCAAAUCCUCCCAAGAACCAGACGAAACACAGUCUGAGCGUCAACUGCCACUUUAUUCAAAAAGACUGCUAUUUAAAGCAGGUCACUCAACUGUCACUUUAUUAAAAAUAACUGAUAUUUAAAGCAGGUCACUCAACAGGGGUUUCCAAAGAUGGGCAGCAGGGGUUUUGGUUGAGGGGACUGGAGGGAGACUACCGUUUCCAGGUCCUCUUCCCAACAGCCCUUGCUGUAACAUACAGUAAUGAAAACUACGAGGACAUAAACCGUUACCUUUCUACUUCAAAAUAUACAACUUAGUCAGUUUUAAUAGCAAUGCUAACGAAUGGGGAGGAUUCGAACAGACAUGCACAGUACAGCAUAAAUUAAAGCUGACACUAUACCGGCCACACUAUACCGGCGCGCAGUACACAACAGAAAAUAGGCACAACCAUUCUAUCUUAGGCAGUCCCAAGUGGCUAGGUUUGCCACAAUGCUCCCCCAAAACCAAGCCAGUAUACACAGUCUGAUCCCAACGGAUCGGCUUGGGGAUGUCCGGGGGAGUGCUCACAGAUCAUUUCUCAAGUUCUGUCUGUCUGGACAACCCAUCGGCGUUACCAUUCUGUUUUCCAGGGCGAUAAUGGAUCGUGAAAUCAAACGGCUGCAGCGCCAAACUCCAGCGCAACAGCCGGGCAUUGUCUCCUGACACCCUGUGUAGCCACACCAACGGGUUGUGAUCGGUGAGCAAGGAGAAUGGUUGUCCAUACAAAUAAGGUUGUAACUUUUUUUGAGGGCCCACACCACGGCCAGGCAUUCCUUCUCGAUGGCGGCGUAGCCUACUUCCCUUGGUAGUAAUUUUCUGCUUAAGUAAGCUACGGGAUGUUCUCCGCCAUCAGCUCCCACUUGGCUCAGUACUGCCCCCAAUCCAAACAUGGAAGCGUCUGUGUGAACAAGAAAUCGUUUAGUUGGAUCAGGGGCAGUUAACACAGGAGCCUUAGUUAAUGCAGUUUUUAGUUCAUGGAAUGCCUAUUCACACUCUGGGGCCAAGUUGACCUGUCGUGGCAAGUUUUUCUUGGUCAAGUCCAUCAGGGGUUUGGCCAGGGCGCUGUAAUUGGGCACAAAUUUUCUGUAGUAACCAGCGGUACCAAGGAACGCCAAUACUUGUGUCUUUGUCCUGGGGGUAGGCCACUUAGCUACUGCCUCUAUCUUGGCCGGUUCGGGCCUCUGCUGUCCGCAUCCUACCCUGUGACCCAGGUACUGCACCUCUGCCAUCCCUAUGUGACACUUGCUAGGUUUUAGUGUCAGCCCUGCCUCUCCAAUACGGUCAAUGACCACACUAAUAUGUUUCAAAUGAUCUGCCCAGGUCUGGCUAUAAAUGGCUAUAUCAUCUAAGUACGCACAGGCGUACUCUUGGAACCCGUCCAGUAGCCGAUCUACCAUCCUCUGAAAGGUAGCCGGAGCGUUUUUCAUCCCGAAAGGCAUGACCCGAAAUUGAUACAGGCCAAACGGGGUGACAAACGCCGACUUGGGGAUGGCCUCCUCGGCUAGUGGAAUCUGCCAGUAUCCCUUACACAGAUCAAUGGUAGUGAGAUACUGGCCUCUUGCCAUCCUAUCUAGCAGCUCGUCUAUACGGGGCAUCGGGUAGGCGUCAGACACUGUUUUGUCAUUGAGCCUCUGGUAGUCUACACAAAACCGCGUGGUGCCAUCCUUCUUGGGUACUAGCACUACCGGUGAUGCCCAGGGGCUAUCUGAAUGUUCGAUAACCCCUAACUGCAACAUUUCCUCAAUUUCUUUCCUCAUGUGCUCCCUUACUGCUUCAGGGAUACGAUACGGAGUCUGUCUCAUAGGGAGCUGUCCUGGGGUCUCUACUCGGUGGGUAGCUAACAGAGUGUACCCUGGUAAAUUGGAGAAGGUAGCACCUUUUGCCGCAAUCAACUCCUGUACCUGGGCACGCUCCUGGAGACUUAGCCGCUCCCCCAGCUGCACACCUGUAGCGUUUUCUGCAGAAUCUUCCUUUUCUAACAUGUCUGGCAAGGGCAGAUUCUCAUAAUCCUCAGUGGCUGGGGCACAGAUGGCUGCUACCUCCUCUAUUCUCUGGUGAUAGGGUUUGAGCAUGUUCACAUGGAGCAUGCGUCGUUUCCCUACCCCAGAGCACGGGCCGAUCACAUAAGUGGUGUCACAUCUCUGUUCUACCACUUGGUAUGGGCCCUGCCAGGUGGCCUGUAGCUUGUCUGUGCGGACAGGUUUCAAAAUUAGAACUUUCUGUCCCACCUGAAAGCUACGGUCUCUGGCUCCCCUAUCGUACCACCGGCGCUGUCGCCGCUGAGCCGCCCAGAGGUUCUCCCGUACGGUUUGGGUUAGAGCCUCCAAGCGGUCCCGGAACUCCAGCACGUAUGGCACAAUGGGGACUCCAUCGGCACUGCUCCCCCCCUCCCAAUGUUCUCUAAGUCUAGGGGUCCCCUCACCCUUCUCCCAAACAAUAACUCAAACGGAGAGAAGCCGGUAGAUUCCUGUGGCACUUCUCGGUACGCAAAAAGCAGAUGGGGUAAAAACCUCUCCCAGUCUUUAUGGGACUCCCCAAAUGUCCUGAGCAUCUGCUUCAAGGUACCGUUAAAGCGCUCACACAACCCAUUGGACUGCGGGCGAUCGGCAGAAUUUACAAUUGGCUUAAUGCCACAUAACUUCCAUAGCUGGUGGGUCACUUCAGCUGUAAAUUGGGUCCCCCUAUCCGAAAUUAUCUCUUGGGGAAAUCCCAUCCUGGAAAAUAUCUUCAUCAUAGCUUUGGCUACCGUUUCUGCUUGUAUAUUGGAAAGUGCUAUAGCCUCCGGGUACCGGGUGGCAUAAUCUACAAUGGUCAGAAUAUACCGCUUGCCGGAAGGGCUAGGCUUGGACAGUGGUCCUACUAUAUCCACUGCUACUCUGCUAAAGGGUUCUUCAAUAAUGGGAAGGGGGCACAAUUUCGCUUUGUGGCGGUCACCCCUUUUUCCCACUCUCUGACAAAUGUCACAUGUCUGACAAUACUGUCUCACAUCUCUAGAUAUACCUGGCCAGAAAAAUGCAUGUGUCAAUCUGUACCUCGUUCUUGUCAUCCCUAAAUGCCCAGACAGCGGAAUAUCGUGGGCAAUUCUAAGCAGUUCCUGCCGGUAUUUCUGGGGCACUAUAAGCUGCUUAUUAGUCACAUGUACAGACCCCCCUACCACCCGCUCAGCAACACGAUAUAACAGAUUUUUCUCCCAUACAUACUGUUCUCCCUCUAAACCUGUCUGACCAGCUGUCGCCUUAUCCUUAUAAAUUUGCAACGUGGGAUAGUUUUUAACCUCUGCCUCAAAGUCAGUCGGGGUAUCCCAGGAAACACGGGGUACAUUGUCUCUUACCUGAGCCUCAGAGUGUGUGGAAGAUGAAGCCGUGGUGCGAGCCUGCUGACGGGUGGUCACUGGAUAUGCCUCAUGACGAGGACUUUGGGGCACAAAAGCGGAAGUCAUUUGCCUCAGGUCAUUCCCCAAAACAUCAGCUGGUAACUUGUGCAUCAGCCCCACCUCCACCAUACCUUCCCCCGCACCCCAAUUCAGAUGUACCUUGGCAGUUGGUAGCCGGUACAUGGCACCCCCUGCUACCCGGACUGCUACCGAUCCCCCGGUAUGUGCUGAUCCUGACACCAAAUGCGGGGCAACCAAAGUUAAGGUAGCGCCGGAAUCACGUAGCCCCUGUACCUCUUUCCCUUCCAGAGUCACGGUCUGGCAAUGUGGUUGUCGGUUGUCAGUAGCAUGGAUGGACAUUACAUCGUGCAAAACGCCCAGGGGUUCAUCAGCCGACUCAAGCGGCACUCCUGGCAAAGUUGGCUCUGCAUGAUAAUAAUGAGCAGCUGCCCGCGGGGCCAUAUUCUGCCGGAGCUGAUUCCAGUUCUUGCUGCUCCGGUUUUGGGUGCACUCCUGGGCCAUGUGCCCCCAUUGCUUACAGGCAUGGCACUGGAUGUUGGACCUGCCAUUAUAACGGGAGUGGGGAGGUUGUCCCACAAGUGCUGGUCUGGAUGGUGCUGUCGCUGGGGCAGGAGCAAUAACUGGAAACGGUUGCGGGUUGGGUUUUGCAUACCCUCGGUUAUUAUUUUUAUGAUGCCUCCUAGCAUCAUAAUGUUGGUCGGCCAAUCGUGCCGCUUCGGUUAGGGUGUGAGGAUUUCGGUCAUUCACCCAUUCUUGAGCCUCUGGUGCCAGGCCAUUACAAAACUGCUCCAGUAGCAACAUCUGGCGUAACUCUUCCAUGGUGGUAGCUCUGCUGGCUUGUAUCCAGCCUUGUGAGGCUUGGUCAAGCUUGUGUGCCCACUCCGCAUGUGAGUCUUUGUCCCCUUUUUUCAAUUCUCGGAACUUGCGCCGGUAUGCCUCUGGGGUAAUGGCAUACCUUUCUAAUAGCGCCUGCUUUACCUUGUCAUAAUUCUUGCUGUCCUCUCUGGGUACAGCCCGGUACCAAAAUGCCAAUCUUGUCCUCAUUUCUCGUUCAAAUGGGGUCUCCUCCAUGUUUGCUGGGGUUGUAGCACUACGAGCUCGGUCUCCUUCCAUUAGCUCGGCAAUAAGUCUUGCUUUAGGCUUAUUGCUGGCUAUCUUACCCCUGGCUUCCAACAGCUCCUUUAACGUUUGCCGUUUCAAUAUGGUGUAGUCCGUCCCCAUUCACUUCUGCAUCUGUAUCAAUUGCCUUCUGCUUUCCAGUAUGUCAAUUCCAAUUGUAUAAACAGCGUUUUUCCUGCUGUACGGUUGGAUCCCGCCGCUUGCCACCAAUUUUUGCGGAGCUGCAAUUUUAUAAUCCCAGGAUCUCUGCUGGUAGAAUGCAAUAACCAAGUACAAAGCUGGAAGCAGGCAAUAUUCCCAAAUCCUCCCAAGAACCAGACGAAACACAGUCUGAGCGUCAACUGCCACUUUAUUCAAAAAGACUGCUAUUUAAAGCAGGUCACUCAACUGUCACUUUAUUAAAAAUAACUGAUAUUUAAAGCAGGUCACUCAACAGGGGUUUCCAAAGAUGGGCAGCAGGGGUUUUGGUUGAGGGGACUGGAGGGAGACUACCGUUUCCAGGUCCUCCUCCCAACAGCCCCUGCUGUAACAUACAGUAAUGAAAACUACGAGGACAUAAACCGUUACCUUUCUAUUUCAAAAUAUACAACUUAGUCAGUUGUAAUAGCAAUGCUAAUGAAUGGGGAGGUUUCGAACAGACAUGCACAGUACAGCAUAAAUUAAACAUAGCCGGAGACGCCACACUAUACCGGCGCGCAGUACACAACAGAAAAUAGGCACAACCAUUCUAUCUUAGGCAGUCCCAAGUGGCUAGGUUUGCCACAGUUACCACCAGAAAUAAAUACGGCAAGCCACAUCAUGGAACUUCUUGAUUCCUGCGAGUCUUACCUGCUUCACUGCGUCGAUGGGUCAGUCAGUGAUCCACAAUCAGCCGAUGAGUUAGUUUGGUGGAAAGAUAUGUUGCUGCGGAUGACACAGUGGCUUAACAAAACAGUCUAUGCAGAGAGUUAAGACUCGAGCUGCUGAAAGACCUGGUAAGAUUUUUUCAAGGUUUCAGAGACACAGAGGAACAAGAGACAUUCUCAGAGUAUACUCUUAUUCCUAGAAAUGUUAAUCCUGGAAAAGGGUCUAGGUGGGGGACAGAUUAUAAUAUUAAAUGUUUCCGGUGUAAUGAACUAGAGACUGUCCCUUGAUUGAUAAACCUAUGCAAUGCAAUAUGAUUAAUCAGGAUGUACAAUGGUCUUUUCUGCUGAAUUAUAUGGAAUCUGCUGUUGCCAACUGUAGUCACAAUCCACAGAUAUGUUCCAUAAAGCUGAAUGGCAAAGAGGUUAGAGCUCUAGGUUAGACGCUGGAAGAGGUUAGACGCUGGAAGUAUGGCUACAUUGAUAACAAAAUGCCUUCCAAAACAUCUGAAGCCGAUGUUGAUGCAUUUCACAAAAUUGGUAUAAUUUGUGUUCAUGGUGACAAACGUGAAUAUCCUACAGUUUUGCUGAAAUUUGAAAGCCUUUUUGGUACUGUGAAUCAUAGAGUGGGGGUGGUGGAUAAAUUGGCUUAUGACGUAGUGUUGGGAAGGAAUUUUCCCCAAUUUUUAGACUUGUGGGGAUCUCCAGGAAAAGUAGCCCCUGAUUGUAUAACAAAUGAUGAUUCUGGAAAUGUUUCCUUUUUCUGACAUAGAAUGGGAAGGACUAGGCAUACGAACAGAGAAGGCUGAAGCCUCAUGUCACAUGUCAGCUUUAAUAGGAGAUGAUCAAGGCAUUAACCUUCCUGAAUUAGAAGUCAGUCCUGUUAACUUCAGGAAAGUGCAAUGGGAAGACCCCACUCUUGCCGAGGCCCUUAAAAAUAUCCAGGUUUCUAAUGAUCCAGUUCAACUAGAUCAAUGAUGGCGAACCUAUGGCAUGCAACUACUUGUUCCUAAGCCCUUCAGACAUACAAUCCUAAAUCUUGCACACAGGCAUAUACUGGGGUGACUUUUAGGCAUAGAAAAGACAAAAGAGCGAGUCUUACAGAGGUUUAAUUGUCUUGGGGUAUUUGCUUCAGUUGCAAAUUACUGUUCUUCUUGUCUUGAAAGUCAGCAAACUGCCCUUUUUAAGGCACAACACAGUCCUCUUGUACCAUUGCCUAUAAUAGAAAUACCUUUUGAGAUGAUUGCAAUGGACCUGGUAGGUCCUUUGGUAAAGUCUGCUAGGGGGCAUCAGUAUAUAUUGGUGGGUUUUUAUCAUGCUACCAAGUACCUGGAAGCAGUGCUCCUACGUAACACAUCUGCAAAGACAAUAGCAAAAUAACUCAUGCUCAUGUUUAGCCGGGUGGGCAUACCAAAAGAAAUUUUGACAGAUCAGGGUACACCAUUUAUGUCUAAAGUUACAUAGAAAGUGACGGCAGAUAAGAACCAUUCGGCCCAUCUAGUCUGCCCAAUUUUCUAAAUACUUUCAUUAGACGCUAGUCUUAUCUUAUAGUUAGGAUAGCCUUAUGCCUAUCCCACGCAUGCUUAAACUCCUUUACUGUGUUAACCUCUACCACUUCAGCUGGAAGGCUAUUCCAUGCAUCCACUACCCUCUCAGUAAAGUAAUACUUCCUGAUAUUAUUUUUAAACCUUUGUCCCUCUAAUUUAAGACUAUGUCCUCUUGUUGUGGUAAUUUUUCUUCUUUUAAAUAUAGUCUCCUCCUUUACUGUGUUGAUUCCCUUUAUAUAUUUAAAUGUUUCUAUCAUAUCCCCCCUGUCUCGUCUUUCCUCCAAGCUAUACAUGUUAAGAUCCUUUAACCUUUCCUGGUAAGUUUUAUCCCGCAAUCCAUGAACCAGUUUAGUAGCCCUUCUCUGAACCCUCUCUAAGGUAUCAAUAUCCUUCUGAAGAUACGGUCUCCAGUACUGUGUACAAUACUCCAAGUGAGGUCUCACCAGUGUUCUGUACAAUGGCAUGAGCACUUCCCUCUUUCUACUGCUAAUACCUCUCCCUAUACAACCAAGCAUUCUGCUAGCAUUUCCUGCUGCUCUAUUACAUUGUCUGCCUACCUUUAAGUCAUCAGAAAUAAUCACCCCUAAAUCCCUUUCCUCAUAUGUUGAGGUUAGGACUCUAUCAAAUAUUCUGUACUCUGCCCUUGGGUUUUUACGUCCAAGAUGCAUUAUCUUGCACUUAUCCACAUUAAAUGUCAGUUGCCACAAUUCUGACCAUUUUUCUAGUUUACCUAAAUCAUUUGUCAUUUGGCUUAUGCCUCCCCUAUGUUGAUGUUCCAUCAACCCUGUUACAUAUCUUAGUAUCAUCAGCAAAAAGACAUACCUUACCAUCAAGACCUUCUGCAAUAUCACUAAUAAAAUUUUUAAAGAGAAUGGGUCUAAGUACAGAUCCCUGAGGUACCCCACUGGUGACAAGUCCAAGCUUCGAAUAUAUUCCAUUAACUACAACCCUCUGUUGCCUGUCACUCAGCCACUGCCUUACCCAUUCAACAAUAUUUGAAUCCAAACUUAAAGAUUGCAGUUUAUUGAUAAGCCUUCUUAUGUGCAACAGUGUCAAAAGCCUUACUGAAAUCUUGGUAAGCAAUGUCUACUGCACCACCCUGAUCUAUAAUUUUAGUUACCCAAUCAAAAAAAUCAAUAAGAUUAGUUUGGCAUGAUCUCCCUGAAGUAAACCCAUGUUGUCUCUGAUCUUGAAAUCCAUGUGUUUUUAGAUGUUCAUCAAUCCUAUCCUUUAACAUGGUUUCCAUCACUUUCCCCACUACUGAAGUAAGGCUUACUGGCCUAUAGUUGCCCGACUCCUCCCUAUUACCUUUCUUGUAAAUGGGCACAACAUUCGCUAACUUCCAAUCUUCUGGAACUACUCCUGUUAACAAUGAUUGGUUAAAUAAAUCUGUUAAUGGUUUUGCUAGUACACCACUAAGCUCUAUUAAUAGCUUUGGGUGUAUUCCAUCAGGUCCCAUUGACUUAUUUGUCUUUACUUUUGACAGUUGAAAUAGAACCUCUUCCUCUGUAAACUCACGUGUAAUAAAUGACUCAUUUAUCCUUUUUCUCAACUGAGGUCCCUUUCCUUCAUUUUCAUCUGUAAAUACAGAACAAAAAUAUUCAUUGAGGCAGUCAGCUAGACCUUUAUCCUCUUCUACAUACCUUCCUUCUUUUGUUUUUAAUCUAACUAAUCCUUGUUUUACUUUUCUUUUCUCAUUUAUGUAUCUAAAAAAUGUUUUAUCCCCCUUUUUUACUGACUGUGCUAUUUUCUCUUCUGUGUGUGAUUUGGAAGCUCUUAUAACUUGCUUAGCCUCUUUCUGCCUAAUCUUAUAGAUCAUUUUGUCUUCCUCACUCUGGGUUUUUUUAUAAUUCCUAAAUGCUAACUUUUUGUUUUUAACUAUUUUGGCCACAUCUGCGGAGUACCACAGUGGUUUCUUGAAUUUUUUGCUUUUACUGACAAGCCUAAUGCAAUUUUCUGUUGCCUUCAAUAGUGCAACUUUUAAAUAAUCCCAUUUCUCUUGGACUCCAUUUAAAUUGCUCCAGUCUGAUAAUGACUCCUCUACCCAUAUUCUAAUUUUAGAAAAGUCUGUUUUUCUAAAGUCUAAAACUUUUGUUUUUGUGUGGUGUGACUCAGUCACUGUUCUUAUAUUAAACCACACUGACUGACUGAUCACUGGAUCCUAAACUUUCACCUACAGUAAUAUCUGAUACCAAAUCUCCAUUUGUAAACACUAAAUCUAGUAUGGCCUCUUUUCGCGUUGGCUCCUCAACAACUUGUUUUAGAGACAAUCCCAGUACGGAGUUUAGAAUGUGUGCUCCUGGCACAAGUAGCUAAUUUUGUUUUCCAAUUUACAUCAGGAAGAAUAAAGUCACACAUGAUGAUAACUUCCCCCUUCAUUGUCAUUUUAGCUAUUUCCUCAACUAGUAGAUUAUCUAACUCUUCAAUUUGUCCUGGGGACCUAUAAAUCACACCUACACGAGUUACUGUGUGAUUACCAAAUUCUAACGUAGCCCAAACGGACUCUAUGUUUGCCUCACUAACUUUUAUUAGGCUAGAUUUUAUGCUAUCCUUCACAUACAAGGCCACCCCUCCCCCUUUCUUGCCUUCCCUAUCUUUCCUAUAUAAAGAGUACCCUGGUAUUGCUAUGUCCCAGUCAUUUUUCUCAUUGUACCAUGUCUCAGUAACAGCGACUAAAUCUACACUAUCAGUUGCCAUUAUUGCCACAAGUUCAUGGAUCUUAUUCCCUAAACUGCGAGCAUUUGUAGACAUGACUCUAAGCUUAUAAUUUUUUAACACACUUGCUACAGGCACCUUCUGUCCUUGUUUUGGGGGACAAUUGGAUUGAUGUUUUAUCACCCUUUUGCCCCCCCCUCCUAGUUUAAAUACAUCCUAGCAAAACCUCUGAACUGCUCACUGAGAACAUUUGUUCCCUUUUGAGAAAGAUGCAAACCAUCUUUUUUGUACAGCUUAUCUCCAUUCCAAACAGAGCUACCAUGAGAAAUAAAGCCAAAUCCUUGCUCCCGACACCAUUCACCAAGCCACAAAUUAAAGUCCCUAAUACGCAUCCGCCUGUCGUUCUGAGUGUUAUGCACAGGCAGAACUUCAGAGAAUGACAGUGUGGAAGCAACCUGCCGUAUAUCAUUGGCAAAAACACUAAAAACUUCCUUAACCUCUGAAACCUCAUUGCAAGCCAAGUCAUUUGUCCCUAGAUGGACAAGUACAUCCAAUUCCCCUUCCUGUUUUGCUUGCUUAACAAUAUUACAGAUACGUCUCCUGUCUCUGUGAGCAGUAGCUCCGGGAAGACACCUCACAAGACCACCAUUGUCCAUCUCCACACCUCUUAUGAUGGAAUCCCCCAACAACAACUGCUUUCUAUUAGGCCUCACCAUAGUCUCAGUGCCUCACAACACCACUAGGUGCCUCUCACAACUCCACUAGCCUCAGUGCCUCUCUCCACAACACCAGCCUCAGUGCCUCAGUGCCUCUCUCCACAACACCACUAGCCUCAGUGCCUCUCUCCACAACACCACUAGCCUCAGUGCCUCUCUCCACAACACCACUAGCCUCAGUGCCUCUCUCCACAACACCACUAGCCUCAGUGCCUCUCUCCACAACACCACUAGCCUCAGUGCCUCUCUCCACAACACCACUAGCCUCAGUGCCUCUCUCCACAACACCACUAGCCUCAGUGCCUCUCUCCACAACACCACUAGCCUCAGUGCCUCUCUCCACAACACCACUAGCCUCAGUGCCUCUCUCCACAACACCACUAGCCUCAGUGCCUCUCUCCACAACACCACUAGCCUCAGUGCCUCUCUCCACAACUCCACUAGCCUCAGUGCCUCUCUCCACAACUCCACUAGCCUCAGUGCCUCUCUCCACAACUCCACUAGCCUCAGUGCCUCUCUCCACAACACCACUAGCCUCAGUGCCUCUCUCCACAACACCACUAGCCUCAGUGCCUCUCUCCACAACACCACUAGCCUCAGUGCCUCUCUCCACAACACCACUAGCCUCAGUGCCUCUCUCCACAACACCACUAGCCUCAGUGCCUCUCUCCACAACACCACUAGCCUCAGUGCCUCUCUCCACAACACCACUAGCCUCAGUGCCUCUCUCCACAACACCACUAGCCUCAGUGCCUCCCUCCACAACACCAUUACACUCUGAAAGUGCAGAAAAUGAAUUAUGUAGAGCAACAGACUGUGCAAAAUGCCUUUUAUCCACAACUCUAAGUCUACCAGAUCCUACAGUAAUCCAUUUGCCAUUCCUAGUAUGUGCCUGUGGCAGUGGCUUUGCAGCAGUUCCAGUCUGAGUUUGUUCACCAGAUAAUUUACAAAUCUCAGACUUCAAAAAUACAAUCUCCUGCCGCAAGAUAGAGAACUCUCUACAGAUUAGACAACAACCAAACCUCCAAAAAGUGGAACGUGAAACAAAUGCAUAGCAAUUGUUACACUGAACUAAGUCUGCCAUUCCAAUUAGGAGAAUAAUUUAAAUCUAACAAAUCUUAACUUUGUAUUUAUCCUCCUGAAUACUUCAGAUUGCCUCCAGAAUAUCUCCAACUACACACUUAGAAACAGCACUCUCCAGAAUAUCUCCAACUACACACUUAGAAACAGCACUUAGAAGUAGCACCAAGCUAUAUGUUACGAAGGAGUUAUGCAAACUACUUCAAAUUAAACAUCUUUGGACCUCUGUUUAUCAUCCCCAGACAGACGGACUGGUAGAACUGUUCAACAAGACCUUAAAAAGUAUGUUAAGGAAAGUAAUUAACAAGGAUGGUAAGAAUUGGGAUUGCUUACUAACCUAUCUAAUGUUCUCCUUAAGGGAGGUGCUUCUACGGGCUUCUCUCCUUCUGAACUUCUAAAUGCCCAUCAUCCCAGAGGUCUGCUAGAUAUAGCAAAAGAAACCUGGGAACAUGAAUCCAAUCCGUAGUGUAAUUGAGCACUUAGCUCAAAUGCAAGAUAGGAUGGCGGCUGUCAUGCCAAUAGUUAAAGAACAUAUGCAGAAAGCCCAAGAGGCCCAGAAAAACAGUUAUAAUAAAAAUGCCAGACUGAGAGUUUUUCACCCAGGAGACAGGGUACUUGUUUUGAUCCCUACAGUAGAAAAUAAAUUUAUAGCAUCUUGCCAUGGCCCCUAUGAGAUUAUUGAACAAGUUGGGGAAGUUAAUUAUAAAGUGAGACAACCCAAUAGGAGAAAACCUGAGCAAAUAUAUCAUAUAAAUUUACUAAAACCCUGGAAGGACUAUUUCAAUUGUCACGCAUAGGACUGAUGGUAAAACCUGAAGUAAACAUACCAGACACACUGUCCCCCCACCAGAAACUGGAUGUAAGGGACUUUAUUGGUAGAAAAAAGGAUGUAUUUUCUGUAGUUCCAGGCAGGACCAACAUUAUCAAGCAUGAUAUUGUUACAGAUAAGUAUUAAACCAUACAGAAUUCAAGAAGCACAGAAAUAGACUAAAUGCUGAAAUUAAGAAAAUGUUAGAUCUUGAUAUUGAGGAUUCACAAAGCGAGUGGAACAGCACUAUAGUACUGGUGCCAAAACCUGAUGGCUUGUUAAGACUUUGUAAUGACUUUCAUAAAUUAAAUAGUGUGUCAAAGUUUGAUGCUUAUCCAAUGCCUAGGGUUGAUGAACUGAUAGAGAGACUGGGUAAGGCUCGGUACCUGACUACUUUGGACCUGACAAAGGGUUAUUGGCAAGUACCUCUUACAGGCAGAGCAAAAGAAAAGACAGCUUUUUCGACAUCAGGGGAAUUAUUCCAAUACAAGGUGCUACCAUUCGGGUUACAUGGGGCACGUGCCACUUUUCAAAGACUGAUAGGAUUUUGAAGCCUCAUAGCCGUUAUGCAGCUGCAUACUUAGAUGACAUAGUCAUUCCCAGUUCUGACUGGGCUUCACAUCUUCCUAAAGUGCAGGCAGUACUGGACUCUAUCCGCCUAGCUGGUUUAACUGAUAACUAGUGAUGUCGCGUACAUAACAUUUUCGCUUCGCAAAUGUGAACUUCCGCAAAUGUUCGCGAACCGCCAUAGACUUCAAUAGGCAGUCGAAUUUUAAAACCCACAGGGACUCUUUCUGGCCACAAUAGUGAUGGAAAAGUUGUUUCAAGGGGACUAACACCUGGACUGUGGCAUGCAAAACUCCCAUGGAAAAUUACAUAGUUGAUGCAGAGUCUGGUUUUAAUCCAUAAAGGGCAUAAAUCACUGAACAUUCCUAAAUUGUUUGGAAUAACGUGCUUUAAAACAUCAGGUAUUAUCUUGUAUUGAUCAGGUAGUGUAAGGGUUACGCCCGCUUCACAGUGACAGACCAAACUCCUAUCAGGGGACGUGUAUAUGGCAUCGAUUUUUAGGAACCGGGAGAUGGAAAGAUUCUUGGUCAGUCCUCCUACUUCAAAUUUGGGGCACUGCGCGUGCAAUCUAAUGUGCCACCAGAUAGGAGUGGUGUGUUAAGUAGUACUAUUCUUAUCAGUUUAAUCCCAAUGUCACGACUACUAGUGUGGUCCAGCACGCAGAAACUAUGUAAACAUAUACAUAGGCAAGAAAAGGAAAAUAGAAGGACAGAGCGUAAACCGGACCUUAGAACGGCCGGACUAAUACGCUAGAGACAGAGAAUGGUCAAAGGGAAAGCCGAGGUCAAGGAAGCCAGAAAAUACACAAAACGUUUACACAAGCCAAGUCAGGGAAACUAGAAUUCAGAAUAGCCAGGGAAAAGCCAAGAUCAGGAUACCAGGAAAUCAGAUUCACAAUGAUAAAGCACUCUCAGGAAACCAGGAACAGGAAACCACGACCGUGCAAGGUACUGGGGUGAGCUAGGGAUUUAAAUAUCACGCGGCGGGCCGGCAGCCGCGACACCCUGUUACAUCCCCCUCAUCAGGCCUUUUUUAGUCUAAUGUAUCGCCCACUGUCAGUCCCUUCUGGAUCCAUCCCUCAUUCAUCUUAAUAAAGGUGAGGUAAUCUAGACUUUUUUGACCUAGGUGACUUUUCUCUUCUCAGUGACAAUACCUCCUGCUGCACUGAAGGUCCUUUCUGACAGGACACUUGAAGCGGGGCAGGCCAGAAGUUCUAUCGCAAAUUGGGAUAGCUCAGGCCACAGGUCAAGCCUGCAUACCCAGUAGUCAAGGGGUUCAUCGCUCCUCAGAGUGUCGAUAUCUGCAGUUAAGGCGAGGUAGUCUGCUACCUGUCGGUCGAGUCGCUCUCUGAGGGUGGACCCCGAAGGGCUGUGACGAUGCAUAGGACUUAAAAAGCUCCGCAUGUCCUCCAUCAACAACACAUCUGUAAAGCGUCCUGUCCUUGCCGGCGUGGUCGUGGGAGGAGGAGGAUUACUUUCACCUCUUCCCCUGUUAGAUUCCUGUUGUGCUGUGACAUCACCCUUAUACACUGUGUAAAGCAUACUUUUUAAUUGAUUUUGGAACUGCUGCAUCCUUUCCGACUUGCUGUAAUUCGGUAACAUUUCAGGCACUUUCUGCUUAUACCGGGGGUCUAGUAGCGUGGACACACAGUACAGGUCGUUCUUCAGCCUUUUUAUACGAGGGUCCCUCAACAGGCACGACAGCAUGAAAGACCCCAUUUGCACAAGGUUGGAUGCCGAGCUACUCAUGUCCUUUUCCUCGUCCUCAGUGAUCUCACUGAAGGUAUGUUCUUCCCCCCUCAGCCACGUACAACACCACGGGUACCAGAUAGGUGACGAGCACCCUGGGAUGCCUGUUGUGGUUGGUGGUCCUCCUCAAAGCCACAUUCCUCCUCUGACUCCUCUUCCUCACAAUCCUCUUCCAGCGUUGCUGCAGGUCCAGCAAGCGAUGCUGAUAAGGCUGUUUCUGGUGGUGAUGGUGACCACAACUCUUCCUCUUCACGCUCAUCUACGGCCUGAUCCAGCACUCUUCGCAGGGCACGCUCCAGGAAGAAAACAAAUGGUAUGAUGUCACUGAUGGUGCCUUCGGUGCGACUGACUAAAUUUAUCACCUCCUCAAAAGGACGCAUGAGCGUCCAGUAACGUGGCAAAAAAAUUCUCAGCUCCGCAGAGGCUGUCCUAGCACCCCGGUCAUACAAAUACUCGUUAACGUUUUUUUCUUGUUGGAGCAGGCGGUCGAUCAUUAGGAGUGUUGAAUUCAAACGUGUCGGGCUGUCGCAAAUCAAGCGCCUCACUGGCAUGUUUUUUCGCCGCUGGAUAUCUGAAAAGUGCGCCAUGGCCGUGUAGGAACGCCUGAAAUGGCCACACACCUUCCUGGCCUGCUUCAGGACGUCCUGUAAGCCUAUGUACUUAUGCACAAAGCGUUGUACGAUCAGAUUACACACAUGUGCCAUGCACGGCACAUGUCAACUUGCCCAAAUGCAAUGCCGCCAACAAAUUUCUUCCGUUGUCACAAACCACUUUGCUGAUCUCCAGUUGGUGCAGAGUUAGCCACUGAUCCACCUGUGCGUUCAGGGUGGACAGGAGUGCUGGUCCGGUGUGACUCUGCUUUCAGGUAAGUCAACCCCAAGACGGCGUGACACUGUCGUAUCCGGGAUGUGGAAUAGUACCUGGGGGGGGUGCCGUUGAUGUGGAGCAAGACGCAGCAGCAGAAGAGGACUCAGCCGAGGAGGUUAUGGAAGAGGAUGGAGUAGGGAAGAGUAGAGGAGGUGGCAGUAGGCCUGCCUGCAAGUCGUGGCGGUGUCACCAACUCCUCUGCAGAGCCACGCAUUCCAUGCUUGGCAGCAGUCAGCAGGUUUACCCAAUGCGCAGUGUAGGUGAUAUACCUGCCGUGACCAUGCUUUGCAUACCAGGUAUCAGUGGUCAGAUUGACCCUUGCCCCAACACUGUGUGCCAGACAUGCCAUUACUUCCUUUUGCACAAUCGAGUACAGGUUGGGGAUUGCCUUUUGUGCAAAGAAAUUUCGGCCGGGUACCUUCCACUGCGGUGUCUCAAUAGCUAAAAAAAAAAUUUUGAACGCAUCAGACUCCACCAGCUUGUAUGGUAAAAGCUGGUGGGGUAAGAGUUCAGUCAAGCCAGCUGUCAGACGCCGGGCAAGGGGGUAACUUUGUGACAUUGGCUUCUUAUGCUCAAACAUGUCCUUGACAGACACCUGACUGUGGGCAGAUGAGCAGGAACUGCUCAAGGCGAGAGACGGAGGGGGCGGAUGGUUGAGAUGGGGCAAGGAGGACAGCAGUGGUUGACGUGGCUGAAGAUGCUGGACCAGGAACAGCAUGCGUUGAUUGGCGUGCUGUCUGGCUGACCCCGGGUGCCGAUGCAUGCUGUCUGACUGUGCCACUAGCUCCUUGCGACGACCUCCCCUGCUUCCAACUCGUCUCCUCCUCUCUGACAACUCCGCAAAGGAAGCAGCAGCGGGUACAACAUCAUCAUCACACCGUACGUCCGUGUGUGUAAUGCUGCCUGACUGAGACAUAUCCCUGUUAUCUACAUCCUCUGGCAAUAAUGGUUGCACAUCACUCAUUUCUUCCAACUGAUGUGUAAAUAACUCCUCUUGACAUACCAAGUGAAGCUGCUGUGGUGCUAGUGUUGGUGGCGGCAGGCGGGCGAGUGGUAACUUGAGAGGUGCCCGAAGCUAAGCUGGAGGAGGAUGGUGCGUCAAGGUUCCAAGCGGAAGCUGUAGAAGAUUGGGUGUCCUGUGUUAGCCAGUCAACUAUGUCCUCAGAACUUUUCAAGUUCAGGGUACGUGGCCUCUGAACACUGGGCAUUAUUCUAGGGCCAAAGGGAAUCACAGCACCACGACCACGGCGGCCCCUGCGGGGUGGCCUGCCUCUGCCUUUCAUUAUUUUAUUUUUUUUUUGAUUAGUGGUACUAUGCGUGCAAGCUACUGUGACAACAGAUAUGAGUGGCACUGUGCAGUGGCAGAAGUUGGCAGAGUAGACGCUGUUGGCCUGACACACACGCUUGCAGACAGCUAACUGCUAUUCAAUCUUAGUUGAAUUUUUUUUUUUUUUUUUUUUAAAUGUACACUACUGUUACACUAGAUAUGAGUUGCACUGGUGUGACACUGUGCCCUAGCAGGCCCUAAAACGCACACGCGUGAAGGAAACUGACUAUUAUAUUACAGUCCAAAAGGUUUUGGUUUUUUUAAAUGGAAGCUAUUGGGACACCAGUGAGUGAGUGGUGGCACUGGGCAAGUGGGCACAGUAUAUGCUGUGAGCCUGACACACAGGCAGGCAGGCAACUGCAAUUACAUUACACAGAAAAAAAAAGCAGACUGAUGUUCUAGCCCUCGCUUUUUGGGGUGCUGUCCUUACAACAGAGAUCAGAUGAGUCCUUCAGGACUGUAGUGGACACUGAAUACACUAGCCUAGCUAUCAAUUUCCCUAUCAAAUCAGCAGCAGCUACACUGUCCCUCCUCUCACAAAGAAUGCAGCUUCACAAUGAAUGUAAAAUGGAUGCUGUCCAGGAGGUGGGAGGGUCUGCUGCUGAUUGGCUGGAAUGUGUCUGCUGACUGUGAGGUACAGGGUCAAAGUUUACUCAAUGAUGACGAAUAGGGGCGGACCGAACUGCGCAUAUGUUUGCCGUCCGCAGCGAACGCGAACAAGCGAUGUUUGCCGGGAACUAUUCGCCGGUGAACAGUUCGGGACAUCACUACUGCUAACCCAUCUUAGUGUACUAUAGGUUUGGAAGAGGGCUUGUUAAGCCCCAAACAGCAAAAGUGAAGGCCAUACAAAAUUGGCCACGCCCCCUCACUAAAAAGCAAGUCAGGACUUUCUUAGGACUUAUUGGGUACUACAGGUGAUUUAUUCCUGAUUUUGCUACAUUAGCAGCUGGUCUCACAAAAGGAAAAGCCCCACUAGUGGUGAAGUGGUCAUUAGAGACAGAAAAAUCAUUUGUAAAUUCUUAAGAGGCUUUGUGCACCCAGCCAGUUCUGGUAACCCCGGAUUUCACUAAAGAGUUCAUUGUGCAAACCGAUGCAUCAGAGAUUGGGUUAGGGGUGGUUCUGUUUCAGGAAAUUCAGGGUGAAGAACACCCAGUGUUUAAAUAAAACACUGUCACCUGAACAACUUAAGCUUAAUGAGGUUGUUCAGGUGAGAACUAUAGCUCCCUGCAGCCUCUCUCAUGUAAAUACUGUAUUUUCUGAGAAAAUAUAGUGUUUACAUUGAAAGCUAGGAACACCUCCAGUUGCAGUCACUCAGAAUGCCACCAGAGGGACUUCCGAGUUGAUUGAGGCAUAAAACUCCUCAAUCCACUCAGAUCUGCUGUCAGCAGAGCACAGGGCAGCGCUGUGUCUCCUCCCUCUGCAUGCAGACACUGAACUUUCCUCCUAGACAUUCAUUGAUUCAAUUCAUCUCUAUGAGGAGAUGCUGAUUGGCUGUGUUUGAAUCUUGCUGGCUCUGCCCCUGAUCUGCAUCCUUGUCAGGGAUGGGGGCACUGCGAUUGGAUCAGGCGACAACUUCUGAUUAUGUCGUUUUUUUGUUGUUUUUUUUUUUUUUUUGCAAACAGCAUGCAGAGUUACAGCUUCUGGCUUGAAUACAGUAAGAAUUGAACUAUAUUUAUGGAGGCAUGAGGGGCCCAGGGGGGCUAGAUGAUGGUGGUUAACUAUAGGGUCAGGAAUAAAUGUAGUUGCACUGGUGAUUAUAGUGUCCCUUUAAGUAGGAAGCUGACUCCCGCUGAGAGAAAUUAUUCUACAGUGGAGAAAAAAUGCCUUGCCUUAAAAUGGGCUUUAGACUCACUAAAAUAUUAUCUGCUGGGCAGAAAAUUUAGGAUCGUCACAGACCAUGCUCCCUUAACCUGGAUGAGUCAAAAUAAAGAUGAUAAUGCCAGGGUGACAAGGUGGUUCCUCAGUUUGCAACUGUAACGGACCAUUUUGCACCCCCAGACGUAAAAGGGUUAACAGCCGAUUUAGGAGAUAUUCCCCUUCCAAAUAUACAGGCAGCUACUGUAGACACCAAUCCACCGAACCGGAGAAGCAUACGAAUGCUCUCAAACAUGUCUGUUUGAAAGCAUUCGUAUGCUUCUCCGGAAAUUCGUAUGCUUCUCCAGAAAUGCUGACAGGAAGAAAGAUUUCGUCUAAGGCAAAGGAAUUUUUUUUUUUUUACUGUAAGAACAAUCAGGAUGUGGAAUUCUCUGCCUGAAGUGGUUUUAUCAGAGUCUAUACAGAUGUUCAAACAGCUACUAGAUGCAUACUUGCAAAAACAGAAUAUUCAAGGAUAUAAUCUUUCAUUGUAGGGUAAUAACUGCUUGAUCCAAGGAUAAAUCUGACUGCCAUUCUGGGGUCAAGAAGGAAUUUUUUUCCUAGCUUGUUGCAAAAUUGUGCUUCAAACUGGGGGGGGGGUUUGCCUUAUUUUGGAUCAACAUCAAAAAAACAAAUGUGAGGAAGGCUGAACUUGUUGGACGCAAGUCUCUUUUCAGCUAUGUAACUAUGUAAUGUAACAGACAUUACUAUGUAAUAUGAAUGCUGUAAACAGCCGAAUAGGAAAAAACCAUACGAACAGUUUACACUCCUGGCAAUCGGUCUCAAACCGCAUACAAUCCAAUUCCCCCAAUAAAGAGACGCCCCUUCGUUUUGAGGUUC